GUGCAGCUCAAUUGAUGGGAUUACUAAAUUGUGAGCAGAAAAAAACUCCAGCUCUGGAUUAACUUUGUGGUGGAAUUUCAGUUUUGAAGUUAGAUUUGACACUGUGUCAUUUAAGGUUUUGUUUCACUUGUGCCAAACUAACUUAAGUUUCUAGCCGUGAACUCAGAACAAGUGCUUUUACGCACCUUUUUUGUGCCAUGGCAAACUCGUGUCUUCAACUGAGCGGCUUUCUCAUCAGCUUCCUCGGCUGGUUGGGCAUCGUGAUUGCGACAUUCACCAACGACUGGGUGAUUAUGUGCAAAUAUGGUCUGAACACCUGCAAGAAGAUGGAUGAGCUUGGGGCAAAGGGACCCUGGGCGGAGUGCAUCAUCUCCACGGGACUCUACCACUGCUCCUCGUAUACCCAGAUCCUGGAUCUGCCAGCCUACGUCCAGACGACUCGUGCUCUGAUGGUGGCAGGGUCAAUACUGGGUCUCCCUGCAGUAAUAAUGUGCCUCAUGUCAAUGCCCUGCAUCAACCUUGGCAAUGAACCGCAGAGCUCUAAGAACAAAAGGACCAUCCUGGGAGGAGUAAUUAUACUUAUAGUUGGACUGUGUGGUAUUGUGUCUACCAUCUGGUUCCCUAUUGGUGCACACCGGGACCAAGGCCUCAUGUCAUUUGGCUUCUCCCUCUUCACUGGAUGGAUAGGCACCGUCUUCUCCCUCCUGGGUGGGUGCAUUCUUACCUGUUGCUCCUCAGAUUCCUCCUCCUCAUCACACUCCUACCAGGACAACAAUCGGUUCUAUUACUCCAAACAGGGUGGUGCUAACCCCCCAGUGGUGGCCUCCACCAAUCACGCCAAGAGCGCCCACGUCUGAGAUUGGAGAGUUUGUUACUCUGAUCGGAUGUCGAGGGGACUUUAGCGUGUAUAUAGAGACAUGUGCAUUAGCUCAAACACUCCAACAUACAAGUACACAUACAAACGCAGGAGAGAAAGUAAUUCAUGUUGGUGCAAACAUGCAGACAUCAAAAAGACAUUGACACGCAAAGGCUGUGUUUGUUGGAGCUCUUUUUUUUUGUUUGAUGGAUUCUUUUUAAAUCAGGGAGCUCAUUUUCCAGCCUCCUCAUGUUGGGUGCGGUGUGGACUCUCCCGACUGUUCAAUUAUUUACAGCAUCGUGAUGAACUGCCUACACAGAAGCCCGAGGUCUUAAUCACCACAGCCCUUGUGGAUGGAGAUAUUGAUCAUUUAUAUUACUUCUAUUUUUCUAUGUAGAUGCUCCCUGAGAUGAAAUCUUUGAUGAUAAAUGUGUUUUUCUAAUUAUAUAAUAUCAUGAUCUGUUGUUUGGAAAAGCGCAGUGAACUAAAUGUCUUUGUUACCAUUGUUUGUGUGCCUCUGGAGUGUUAGACUUGACUAAAAAACAGGAGACAUAAAUAUAGCUGCUGCAGGAGGACUGUAAAGUGAUGAAAACAUAAAUUUCACAAAAGAGCUAUAGGGUUUUACAGUCUUUGUUUUCGUCUGAUUGGUGCUGACAGUAAUUUUCCGAAUCCAAACACACUUUGAUAUGACAGACUAGCUUAUUUUUUUGAUGUUGAGUAACAUAUAGCGUACAAGAAAAGCAGCAUAUCCUUUUAACUGUCCAAUUUUAAAUUUUCAGUUAACUUUUUAGCCUAAUUUACACAUAGAGUAGCUCUUGAAAAAGAGUUUAGCUAAAAGUAUGUUUCACUAAUAUGCACUAAAUUAGUAUUUUGUAGAUAAGCGUAUCUUGAGUGUGAUGACUUGAAUGUUCAAUAUCCCAAAAGCUCUGAACACAGGUGGAACCUGAUAUUUACAAAUCUGUGUAAAAGCAUCAUUAUCUGAUUAUUUAUUGUUUCACUGAUCUGCUAUUUUUUGAUUUUCUACAAUAAAGACAAAUGAAUUUAAA